UCAGCAGAGUAAAGCCUCAGGGAAAUCCCAGCUACUCAUAUCUGAAAUAAUUCCUGACGACCACAGUGACGCUCCCUGCUUGCUGGAUUAACUCGGAAAGGCCUUAUCGAGAAGAGCUCAGCAGCUGCUUCCCCCGGUCUGUCUGUUUGUCCGUCCGUCUGUCUGUCUGUUACUUAGACCGUCAUAGAAGCCACACUGACGACAAACAGCAGGCGGCCCUUGUGGCACCAGCAUCCCACCAUAUGCUGAUCAAAGAGACCAAGGGAGCAGCCGCUCGACCCACGUCAACGCGCCCUUCCCCUCACAGGCGACGCAGCCAAUCUCCAGCCAAAGACGUGCAGGAUGACACAAUGUUUGUGGUUGGAGGAUGGACCUGGGACGACCCGUCUUGCUUGGUGGAAAAGUUCUGUCCUGAGUUCAACGAGUGGAGAGCAGCAGCGCGUAUGAUCAAAAAUCGUGGCGCCGUAGCUGUGGGAACUCUGGGUGGAAAGAUCUACACAGUGGGAGGAGAAGAUAACAUCAGAUGUUUCAGCAGCGUGGAGAGGUACAGUCCAGACAGAGACAGCUGGAGCACAGAUGUCGCGCCCUUGAACAGCCCCCGCAGUGGAGUGUGUCUGGUGGCAAUGGACGGAUUCCUGUAUGCGAUUGGCGGACACGAUGGCAUUACUGCCAUGAACACUGUGGAGAGAUAUGAUCCGAAGAUGAACUCAUGGAGCAAACAGGUGCCGAUGCUGACCAGACGCACCAGAGCAGCGGCCGCUGUGCUUGGCGGUUACUUGUAUGUGAUUGGAGGGAAUGAUGGCGACAUGGCUCUGAACUCAGUGGAGCGGUACAAGCCAGUAGACGGCACCUGGUCGAUAUGUGCCCACAUGCGAAGUCCCAGGGAGAACGCAGGCUGCGCCGUGUACCUGGGACAUAUCUACAUGGCCGGAGGCAGAGAUGAGCUCAGUCUGGAGCUCUGUGCAGCUGAGAGGUUUGACCCCGACACCAUGAGGUGGUCACCUGUGAAAUGUAUGAGGAGCAAGAGGGACAAUGUGUCCCUUGUCGUCUUCAAUGGUGCCUUGCUGGCUGUGGGAGGCUCUGAUGGUGUCACCAGUCUGAAAACUAUAGAGGUCUACAGCCAUGAAACAAACACAUGGAGACACUUUGGAAGCAUGAAGAGCAAACACCCCGGAGGGAAAGUGGCUGUGCUUUGCUGAUCCACUCAACAAUGCUCGUGUUAUGUGGACAGGACAGAGGUGUGAGAAAAAACUGCUUAAUGGAUAUGCACCAGGCACCAAGACACACUGUGAUAUGGCUCAAAUGGUAGAUGGCAUAAAGGCUGAGUAUUUAAAGGGUUCACUCCAAAAGGAACAUUAGUCAAAUUUGGCAUCAGCUGUUAAAGCACACAAUAGGCUGUAAGGUUGGCAGUUAAGUAAUGGAACCUUUUAUGAAUCCAUCUUAGAAACAGACAUAUUCAAAUGUAGUUUGUAAAUAACUGACGUAUGCAUUAAUAUAAACAAUGUUCCUUGGCUUUCAAAAUGAGUUCACACAAAGCUGAUUACAUCCUUCAGCCUCACAGGAUUCUCAGUAUAGCAGCGUUUGGAUCUCAUAUCACCUGACGACAUGCAUAGAAAAUGGUUUCUUUAAUAUCACGACAGAUGGAGGCAACAGAACCAUUAAAGCAAAGACAGAUGCAAUUAGGUUGGAGUAUGAUGAAUAACACAAAGAAGCAGGCACGAAAGGUUUUAGAAGUAAAUUCUUCUCUUAAAAAAAGUUUAUAAUGUAAAAAAAGUGUUUCUUACCCCUGCUCGGCCCUCUGCUGAUGCUGUAUACACACAAAUACUCCCUCAUCCAGCUUGACCAAGCCUAUUUUCAAAUGAAGGACACAGCAUGCAAAUAAUGUUCACAAAGACCAAACAGAUUAGCUCAAUAAAUGUGGUAGACAAUAAAUGAAUGACUAAAUUUAAUAAAAGACACAAUAAAAAGCAGAGAAGCUCAUGUGAGGUAAUAAGAUACAUCCAAAACAACUCAAAUAAAUAAAAAGACAUAAAAAACAUGGAUAAAUUAUGCACUGCAGCUUGGCAUAGAUGUAAAUCCAUGGCAGAUACAUGUUUAAAUAUGUUUUGGAUAUAUCGAUAUAGCUUCCAUUCAAAUAUACAGACUGAAUGUUACAUGAACAUAUGGGACAUAAGAUAGUGACAAAGCAUAAUGUUAAACAUAUUUGUAUAACACCUUUCAUACACAAGUUAACUCAAAAUGUUUAUAGAGAACAUUCAAAACAUACGGAUCAAAUGAAAUACACAGGAAAAACAUUAUCACAAUCUUUGUUGGCUGCCAUCAGACUAUCAGCACUAAACAAUGACAUUUGCUGUUAGAGACGCUGAUGUUUAUUUGGGCUGUAUACAAAUAUAUGUGUACAUAUAUAUAUAUACAUAUAUAUAUACAUAUAUAUAUAUAUAUAUGUUCAGGUAUAACAUAAAAACACAAAAUUGUCAGUGUUUUAUUUGUUCAUUCUGGGCUACUGUGAAAUCAUGGUGGCAGUAUAACAUGGCUGACUCCAUUUAUUAUAAGAGGCUCAUAAUGUC